CUCAAAUAUUUUGUUGUCUGCUUCAAAACAACACCAGCAACAACGACACUUAUAAUUUUCUUCGCAUUCUAUCAAAAAAGUUAAUAAAAAGGCGACAAAAGCAAGGCAACGAGACGCAUCGCAUUUGUCCCAAUCGCUUAUCCAAAAUUUUCAAGUUCCACUUGCAAAAACAAUUUCAAUAUGUGUGAACAAAUGACCACUGCUGCCUCCACAUCGCAAAAUGCGUCAUCGACGUUGAUGGCUGCUGCCGGAGCUGGCGGCGCGAGCUCCACGACAACAACACUGUCAACGACGCCCAGCAGCUCGGCGGUGCGCGCUCUGGCCAUGGAAUACAAGUCCCUGCAGGAGGAACCAGUAGAGGGUUUUCGCGUGAAGCUAUUGAACGAUGAUAAUCUGUUCGAAUGGCAGGUGGCUAUCUUUGGUCCUCCGGACACGCUAUAUCAAGGUGGCUAUUUCAAGGCGCAUAUGAAAUUUCCACAUGAUUAUCCGUACUCGCCGCCAAGCAUACGCUUCCUCACCAAGGUCUGGCAUCCGAACGUCUACGAGAACGGCGAUCUUUGCAUAUCUAUACUGCAUCCGCCUGUCGAUGAUCCUCAAAGUGGUGAGCUGCCCUGCGAACGCUGGAAUCCCACGCAGAAUGUGCGUACCAUUCUCCUCUCGGUCAUUUCGCUCCUAAAUGAGCCUAAUACAUACUCGCCGGCCAAUGUAGAUGCCUCGGUAAUGUAUCGCCGAUGGCGGGACUCCCAGGGCAAAGACAACGAAUAUCCGAACAUCAUACGCAAGCAGGCGUUGGCUGCCAAUGCGGAAGCUAAGCGAGAGGGCAUUGUGGUACCUAUGACACUGGAGGACUAUUGCCUAAAGCCCACUGUUAAGCCCAGCACAGAGUCUGGUCUGGAUGCAAAUUUCUAUGAUGAUGAUUUUGAUUUGGAAACGGAAGAUUUGCCAACAGACUCUGAUGAGGAUGAUGACGAAGAUGAGGACGAUGAAGAUGAUGAAGAGGGGAAUGACGAUAAUGCAUCAAUUAGCAAAAAUAAUGGCAAUACAAAGUGCACGAACAACAAUGGUCUCUCCGCGAAAUCAGUUAAGGCAUCUGCAACAGAUGAUGCCGAGUCCGCUGAUGACAGCGGCAAGGGCGAGACUACAUAAUGCAGAUAAACCCGCUCCAACUCCAACUGAACUCUGCUCCUGCCCUAGGCGUCUGCGUAGCAUUUAAAUGAAAUACUAAGUGUGAAAAAGAAACGAAUUAAGCUGCUAGGAGACGCCCCCGAAUGCCAAUCGAGCUGGCUUACCAUUUCUCUUAACACAAUUAUUAUUUUUUUAACGUUGAUUUUGUGUACAAUUGUAAAACUGAAACGUGAAUCACUUCUUAGCUGGCCUACUUUUCUUUCCCAGCUAGCCUCUGGCUAGACACGUUUUAAAUCCGUUCAUAGAGUUUCAAGAGCUUGCGAUUCCUUUUACAGCAACUAAAUAACACUCAAAACUGAUGAUUAUACAAUAUAUAUACAAUAUACAUAUGUAUUAGCUAUUAAUUAUUAUUUAAAAUAUAUAUACAAUUACACACAUCCAUAUGUGCUUGUAUAUGGUACAGAUCAUUAAAGGGGGGCGCUACAGAUGCAAACAUUUUAAACGUGAACUAACCUCCUAUCAAGCGAGACAUCCUAACAAAGCUAAACUAAUAAAUGAAAACAUAAUAUACAAUCAACGGAUUUCAACAAUAUAAAGCAAAUAUUAAACGUAGCAAUUAAGCAAUUUGUAAGUGCAAAAAGGAAAACAACACCAACUGCAAUAUUAAAAUGAGAAACUGCAUUGUGUAAUUAAUUGCAAAAAUAAAUAAG